AUUUUCUUCCCAUUUGACAAGUAAUAAUUGCCAGAAAAAAUGACUCCACCGAUGGUAGCGCUGAUAAAAUCGGCAAACGUUUUUCUCGUCCAAAUAUAUUGCAGCUAUCAUAUAAAGAAGGGAAGACGGUUGGUGUCAAUGAGAAUGAUAAACACGAUGAAUGGUACGAAAUGAUGACUGCUGUAACGCCACCCAUUGAUGGAAUAGGUAAAACUGAUCAAAAAAAUAACGGUGAAACUAAUGGUAUGCUUAGAAAAACUGAUAAUGCGAUAAAUAAUUUGGAUCAAAUGGGUCUGGAACCGGACAAUGCAGCUGAAAUUGAAGCUCUAGAACAAUCACUUACUACACUGGUGGACAAUUUCCGGUCGGGAAGAAUGUGUGCUUUGGGUAAGGAAAAAUUGAAAAUGAUGCGGAAAGCAAGAGAAGAAAUGGAGGAUUUGACUGCAUUCCAUGUCAAAUUGCACAAAAUACAGGCCCCAAAUUUCUCCACUUUCAGUGAUAAUGGUCAACUUGAUGAAGAGUAUGAUUUGCUUUUCCGGAAGCUCGACAAGUUGCACUGUUUUCUAUAUGAUAUGUCUUUCCGUGCAACUAAUGUAAAGGAAGAAGAGAGAAUGACACAUACUUUUGUCGAGGGGAAAGACGUGGAAGUGGCAGAAUCUGUCGAUAGAUUGAGAAAUAUUGUAGGCAGAAUCUGUCGAUAG